ACGAGAUGUGUAACGAUAAAGCACUCCAUAAAAAAUAAUAAAUAAAAAAAAGAAUUUCUUACAAAGAAAAAAAUUAAUACAGAACGACAAUAAAUCAUCGUAAAAAAAAAUAAAUUAUUUUAAUUUGAACGUGAACUACGCAAAAUGAUAGUAUAAUUCGAUAAUCAUUAGUGUCAUUAGUUCGUCAUUCACGUAAUAUUUUGGAGUGUUUUUGUUGUAAUCGCGUUAUUUUAUUUACGACGGACAGCGAGCGAAAAAAAAAAAAGAAAAAUAGCGGUCGUGCAAUUUUUUACAUAAAUUUUAAUGUUUAUCUUCCAUCACGUCGUUCGUGUGCGUCGCGUUGUGACGGUUGUUGACGUGCUAUUACGCGAAGCGGCAUGAGCGAUGACGAAUUUUUGGACAAGGAAUUUGUCGAACGGCAACAAAAUGUACAAAUUGACGUGAAAUAAAACAAAAAUCAUCAUGCUUUAAUUAAAUUGAUCGUAAAAAGCAAAAGAGAGAGAAGAGUUUCGUGUACGCCACUACGACACAUUAAUUUUAUUCUAAUAUUUAUUUAUUUAUUAUUAUAUACUACCAACAAUUUGCGUUACGUGUGAGUGUUUGCGCGUACAAUACGUCAUAAUAUCAGUCUAUCAGUGAAUAAAGUGCGGCGACGUUGUGUACCGACGACGAGCGAAGAAGAGAACAUAAUAAAAGUGUAAAAUAAAUAACUAAAUGAAUUAAAUUGAUAAGAGAGCAGCAACGCGACGAGCUAUUGUCACACUGAAGAGAUAUUGUGUAACAAAAAAAAAUAAAAAAAAAUGAGUGUCUCCAAUCAGCAGCUGACUAGCGAUGCAGGCAAAAUAUUGCAACUGAUUGAAAAAUUGUCCGCGACAACGGAUUCGAUUGAAUUGCAAAUUAUCAUCAAUAAUCACCUCAAGACACUCACAAAUGCGUCCUACGUGUUCCUGGUGCCGCUUUUGCCUCCCAACAACGAAGGACUAAUACAAGUAAUAAACGACAAAAUCUUGGAAAAAGAAGUCAGAUUUCUAGUGAGUUCGUCGGAUAUCCAUAAAAUUACACUGAAGAAUGCAAAUCUGAACAAUGGCGAUUGUGAUAUCGGCGAGCUGGAGAAGCAUUUUUGUCCCGUUGUCGAAGAGGUGGUCGAACGUUACGACAAUACGUUGAUCUAUUGCAUACGGAAUCCGCAGUUGGUUGUUAGUCGGAGCAAAUCUAAAAAUACGUCAAAUACGGCGUUGCUCGUUUGCAUCGCUGGCACCGAAGAACAAAGGAAACCCUUUGAAUUGUUGGUACAGGAAACGUGCAAAUAUUCUGUCGGUCAUUUAUUGACCGCUGUGGAGCUAUACGAAGAAAAACGCGUAAGAGGUCAAUGCCAAAAUCUACUGAGAGUAGCGAAACACAUGUUAGGCAAGAUUGGUGACUUAGGGGAGCUUCUAAAAGGUGUCAUGCAAGAAGCGAAAAAUCUUACAAAUGCCGAAAGGUGUUCGCUGUUCCUAAUAGACGACAACGGAGAGCUCGUUUCAAAGGUUUUUGAUGGAAAUGAUAGCUCAGAAGAAAUCAAAAUCGAAAUGGGAAAAGGAAUUGCAGGAUAUGUCGCACAAACAGGCAAGCUACUGAACAUCAGAAAUGCUUACAAUCAUCCACUUUUUUAUAAGGGAGUCGAUGAAGCCACAGGAUUCAAAACGAAAAAUUUGCUUUGUUUCCCAAUCUGUGGCGGCGAGGAAGAAGGUGUCAUCGGAGUAGCUCAACUUUGUAACAAGUUGGAUGGUUACCACUUCGACAAAUGCGAUGAGGAGACAGCAACAGCUUUUAGUGUCUAUUGUGGCAUCUCAAUCAUGCACGCGCUCGUUCAUCGUCAAGUCCAAAAGGCGGAAGCACGUUACAAAUUAUCACAAGAGCUGCUGUUGUACCACAUGAAAGUACCUGACGUCGAUAUCCAAAGUCUCCUGAGUGACACGACGCCCCUUCCGGACUUUUCCUCCUUCAAUUUUUGUCCACGCAGCGUAAACGACCACACAUCGAUCCGGAUCAGCCUAAAAAUGUUUGAAAAUUUAAAUUUUUGUAAAAAGUUCCACAUUCGACGCAACAAACUCGCAAGAUUUAUUCUCACCGUGCAGAAGGGAUAUCGGGACACGCCUUAUCACAAUUGGGAUCACGCUUUUUCCGUUGCUCACUUUGCCUAUUGCCUUUUGUACAACCUCAAAUUAACGGAACGAGGAUUUUUGUCUCCAUUGCAAGGCCUUUCAUUCCUCAUUGCGGGUUUUUGUCACGAUUUGGACCAUCGUGGCAUGAGUAACUCGUAUAUGGCACAAACGGGAAGCCCUUUGGCGCGAUUGUACAGCAGCGAGGGAUCUGUCAACGAGAGACAUCAUUUAUCACAAGCGAUUUGCAUCUUGAACGACUCCAGCAGUAAAAUUCUGGAUGGAUUGACGACGGAAGAGUUUAAGGAAUGCAUCGAUUACUUGCGAAAUUUGAUUCUUGACACCGAUUUGGCGAAUCAUUUUCGAAAAUUGAACGAUAUUAAGACCUUAACAUCGGAAAACAUCACCACCGAAGAGAAUCGAGCUCUGUUAAUGUCACUCUUGAUCACGAGUUGCGAUUUGAAUGAUCAAGUAAAGACUUGGGAGACGGUCCAUACAGUCGCUGAACUUGUUUACGCUGAAUUCUUCGCACAAGGCGAUCUCGAGAAGCAAAUGGGACUAAGACCCGACAUCAUGAACGAUCGGCAAAAAGCCUGCAUCCCACGACUUCAAAUUGAGUUCCUUGAUUCCGUGAUUUUUCCCACAUUUCAAAUACUGGCGCAAAUUUUUCCCGAAACCAGUGCAUUUCUAAGUCAAAUUACGCUAAAUCGGAAUCAGUGGGCACAACUUGUGACCAAAGAACACAAAGAGCACAACAGAUUGGAAGAUUACUGAAAAUGAAAAAACAAACAAAAAAAAAUUGAAAAUUAUGUUAAAAAAUUAGCAUUUACUUAGCAAAGAAAUUAGCAAGUAUGUAGUAGAAAAUGUUAGGAGUGAUUGAUUUGCUGGCAAAACAAUCAGUGCUGUAGCUAAAUAUUAAAUAAUAUAAUGUACUAUAUGUUUAGUAGGAUUUUGUGUCGCUCUGAAAGUAGAGGAAAAUGUGAAAUGAAUGAAGAAAAUAAUUUUUAAAAAUUU